AUGCAACGACGCAGGAGCGAACGCUUUUGCGUUUGCUUCGUGACCAACAUUCUUCUCGCCCUGUCCGUCUGGCCGUCACAAGCCCCUGCCUUCACGCUGUCGCACUGGUCCCCUGCAGCUUUUUGUCCUCCUGCCCAGCCAGCCUUCUGCGGUGGCAAGGCCGCCGGUCCCGCAGCCCCUGUGCUUGCCAGCGGUCGUCAACUUGGCAGUAUAUCCACCGGCCACGCAACUGACUUUUGGCGGCAUGGAUCGCAUACCGCGUUAGCCCUCGGCUCACGGCGCCACCUUCAAGUGAUACGGAGAAAGAAAAAAUAUCGAACAGCAGGCACUUCAACGGUCCGGAGACACUACGGCAUCAAAGGCAGGGGAGGUGGCAAGCUUCGCCUUGGCAAAAACACAGGAGUCCCUCUCAAGGCUCUGGAAUGCCCUGCUCGCAGGUGCAUGCUACUCGGAAAAAUGGACAAUACAAAGGCGAAUAAUCGAAGUCAUUCAAGAGUUGCAACGCACAAAGUACAACGGUUGAACUUGCACUGGAAGAGACUAUGGUGGCCUGAAGCUGGAUAUUAUGUCAGGUUGCGGCUAUCUGUGAAGGGAAUUCGGACCAUAAAAAAGUACGGUCUGCAACGAGCAGCGGACAAGUUUGGCCUGAACUUAAAAAAAAAGAAGUACUACGCUGGGUAUAGCCACAGACGUAUGAUCAGUAGACUCUCUCUAACAGGCGGCACUGCCAGCCACAUUGCCAAUGAGGUCGCUGAUCCUCUUCCUGGUUGGACAGAGGCGAGCACGGCUGCUGGGUUCGACGCGGCGGAGGUAUAG